CGUGUCAUUUCCGCUCAUCCCACGCCGACGUCUCCCUCUCAUCCGUCCCGCUCCGUGUGAAUCCACAACAUAAACAUUACAGCUAUCUUACAGCCUUUACUCGGGCAGCCGAGUCUCUCUUAAACUGAAAUAUACUUAUAUUUCGAAAAGCCUCUAAACUCUCCCCGUUUAAUUCCUCCACAUCCCGACGCUUUGAACGAGAAGAAACAACUCCACCGGACGAGGAGGAGAGACUAAAUCCCCGAGACUUAACGCAUUUGCAACGAGGUUGAGGUGUUUAUACCCCGUAAAGGCUGCAGAGAGAGUCAUUCAUCGCACCGCUGAAGAGGAACCAUUGGCCACAUGGAGAAUGGAGACUGGGCUCACAUGAUGAUGGAUACGGUUACCCUUAACGUUGGUGGCCACUUGUACACCACAUCGCUCUCCACCCUCCAACGUUAUCCGGACUCUAUGUUGGGUGCAAUGUUUCGUGGUGACUUUCCCACCGCACGAGACGCCCAGGGCAACUAUUUCAUAGAUCGAGACGGUCCUCUAUUCCGUUACAUCUUAAACUUUUUACGAACGUCGAAACUGACUCUGCCAUGUGACUUCAAAGAAACCGAGCUCCUUCGGAAGGAAGCAGACUUCUAUCAGAUCGAGCCCUUGAUCCAGUGUUUAGGAGACACCAAACCACUUUAUCCAUUGGACACUUUUGAGCAAGUGGUAGAACUUUCAAGUACUCGUAAACUGUCCAAGUACUCAAACCCGGUGGCGGUCAUUAUCACCCAGCUCACGAUCACCACCAAAGUUCACGCGCUACUUGAAGGCAUCUCCAACAACUUCACCAGAUGGAAUAAACACAUGAUGGACACCAGAGACUUUCAAGUGUCUUUUACCUUUGGACCAUGUGAUUACCACCAAGAGGUUUCCCUUCGGGUGCAUCUGGUGGAGUACAUCUCCAAGCAAGGCUUCACGAUUCGCAACACGCGGGUGCAUCACAUGAGCGAACGCGCCAACGAGAACACGGUAGAACAUCACUGGACAUUUUGUAGAGUUGCGCAAAAGGUUGAAGACUGAUCGACGCUGCAUUCAUGUCAGAACUUUAAAGAUAUUUAUUGGUAAAUUCCAAGCAAUUUGAGCAUUAACGAGUUUAACAAAGAUAGGAGUGAUUUUUAAGAGUUGCAAACUCGUAAUUAAGGUAAUUAUUGUUUGAGGUAGCCAGUAAUGAACAGAAUGAAAAUGUUUUUGUUGUAUUUGGGCAAAUUGUGUUAUGUUCAUCUUCUCAACCACUUUAGAUGUUCAUAGACAAAAGAAACCUAAACAAUUUCUAGAACUACUAUAUACCUCAUGCCUGGAAAAAGUGACCCAAUUUUUUUUUAAAAUUGUCAGAUCCAUAUGCAACUUGAAUCUGCAUAUAUCUGAAAUGUUAAUAUAUGUAAUGCAUCAAUGUUAAAUAUACAGUAUUCAGUUGUAUUUAUAGUAUUUCUGCAGAUAUUUUGUCCUGUGAUUGUCUUUCAACUAUAAAUGGUUUGCAUGAUUCUAUGGUAUCUGCACUAUUGUUGAUUCAGUAAUAUUUCCUCUUUGAAAUAUGUGUAAACGGCUUAAUUCGCAUUAUGCUCAAUAUGUUUUCUUGCCCAAAGCUUUAAGCAAACAAUACCUCUUUGGCUUCUAGACCAAAAUUUGGAGUUAAUGUCCCAUUUAAAAGUGAUUUUGGUCUCAAAAUGCAUGCAAGACUCGAGUUAGUACCUGUGAAGCUAAGAACAUCCAUUAAAAUUGAAGAGUUCAUUCAUGUGUGUAAUGAAUUUGACCUACACAUUAAAAACAAGUGUUUCAUCAUAUAUUAUUAUUUGGUUGUAGAUGUCUUGGAAUAACAUUUCAUUGGAAGAACCUUUUGGUUUUAUCAUUGUAAUUAAUUUAAAUUAUCAUUUUAAUGGGAAAGUUACUUUCAGAUGCCACUCUUUCAAAUGCAAUAACUUGAAUAAAUAACUGGAUUAUCUAAAUA